AUGUCCCGUGAAGGUUUUCAAAUUCCAUCAAAUUUAGAUGCCGCUGCUGCUGGUGCAACUCAAACAAGAAAUGCCACUUUGAAAUAUAUUUGUGCUGAAUGUUCAAGUAAGUUAUCUUUAUCUAAGACAGAUCCAGUCAGAUGUAAAGAUUGUGGUCAUAGAAUCUUAUUAAAGGCUAGAACCAAGAGAAUGGUUCAAUUUGAAGCUAGAUAA